AUACAGCGUGGUAUUACUACUUUGACGUGGACCAGUCAACCAACUAUCUGCUCGAGCAACAUGAGAAACGGCAAGCAAAAAUCAAUGCUUCCAAAGCUAAAGCGAAAACAGCUAGCAAUGCUGCAAGUACAGGUAAGUCUAUUCCCCUGCUCGUCUGUAUGCUGGCUCCUCCUCGUUGGAGAAGGAGAAUGAUGGUGCUCGGAUUCGCGAGGAGGAAGGCGUGUAUGCCAGGCUUGUCUCGCAUCAUCAUCUGAAAGACAUGCUCACAUGCUGUUCCCAAGAACUCGAACAAGAGGCCCUUCCGCUAGACCGCCGGAAAGAGGCUGAAAGUGAAACGAAGGUUCAAACCGCUCAGCUUGAAGUGGUCGAGCCGCCAAAGAAGCUAAGCAAGCUCCAACAGCUUGCCAAAGAUCGUGCUGCGAAGAAGAAAGCGGCAGCUGCUGCUGCGGUCGCGAACGAGCCGAAAGAAGAACCAGCUCCAGUUUCUCAGGAUCUGCAGCCUGUUGAAAAAGUCACUGAGCAGGAGACGUCCCAGUCUCCAGAGGACACUUCCACUCCUUCAGUUGUCCUGGAAGAUGUGGAACUUGCAGAACCUUCUGCAUUUGCUACGACAAUCGCUCGUGCGCGAGAGGAGUAUCCUUACAGCAUACAACAGCCAAAUCUGACGGGACAUACUAACCAAGUCUUUGCAGUAGCUCCGACCAAGAAUCUUGUACAAGCACAGCAGUCGUUUUCACAACCUAGUCCAGACGAUGUCGUCCGCAAAGCACAGCAGGGCAGCAAAGGUAUGAGCAAGGCAGUGACACCGGCACCGGCUGUGACAGAGCCUGCUGCAGAAGACACCCCAAUACCGAAAAAAGCAAACAGACCGCGCAAAGGACGACCCUUCACUGCUACCAAGAAGCACCUUUCGCUCGUAGUGGUCGGUCAUGUCGAUGCUGGCAAGUCGACCCUCUUUGGCCGGCUUUUGUACGAUUUGGGUCAUAUUGAUGAGCGCAGUAUGCAGAAGCUCAAGAAGGAGUCGGAAAAGAUUCAGAAAUCAUCUUUUGCUUUCGCAUGGGCCAUGGACAGCAGUGACGAAGAGCGCCAACGGGGCGUUACCAUUGAUAUUGCCACAAAUUCAUUUGAGACCGAGGCAAGCGAGUUCACAAUCCUUGAUGCGCCUGGACACAAGGACUUUGUGCCGAAUAUGAUUGCAGGCGCUUCUCUCGCAGACUUUGCAGUCUUGGUGAUCGAUGCGUCGACUGGAGCGUUUGAGUCUGGCUUCGACGCAGCUGGGCAGACCAAGGAGCAUGCGAUUCUCAUUCGAGCGCUGGGUAUUCAACGUGUUCUUGUGGCCGUCAAUAAGCUAGACAAUAUUGACUGGUCUCGGGAUCGCUUCAACGAUAUUCAGGUGCAACUUUCGACAUUCAUGACACAGACUGGCUUCGAAGCGGUGAAUUUGGCGUUUGUUCCAUGCAGUGGAUUAUCAGGCAUUAAUGUAACAAAACCUGGUGAAAGUGGGCUUGGAGCAUGGUACAAGGGUAAAACUCUACUACAAGAGAUGGAAGCUGUUCCGGCAACAGUGCGCAAUGAUCAUGGCCCGUUCAGGUUGAUGUUGUCUGACAUCCAGUCAUCGCCGAACUCUAGCAACAUUGCCGUGACAGGUAGAAUUUGCAGCGGCGAAGUGCAGAAAGACGAUGUCGUGCUGUGUAUGCCAAGCAAAGAACUCGCAAUGGUCAAAUCAGUCCUGGUGGGCAGCUCCCUUCAAGAAGCUGCGUUUGCAGGAGAUACUGCGACAUUGACGCUGUCCCAGAUUGAUCCGAUGCAUCUCCGGACUGGCGAUGUGCUUUGUCAUGCAGAUAUGCCGCUUGAUAACGCGACCAAAUUCAAAGCACGAGUCGUCACAUUCCAGGUGCUUCGACCAUUGCUGGCCGGUUCUUCCAUCAUCAUUCACCGUGGACGCUCUGAUGUGCCUGGAGUGAUCAAGUCCUUGGAAAUAGUCGACAAGUCAGCUGAUGGAGCUGGUCCAGCUAAACAGGAGUCACUGAAGAAGGUACGGCAUGUCGUGGGCAACACACAGGCCAUCUUGGAGAUUGAGCUGGUGCGUGGUGUUUUGCCACUAGAGCCGUUCAGCGCAAACAAAGACAUCGGCCGUGUCAUCCUACGCCGAGAAGGUGAAACUGUGGCUGCAGGAGUCGUGAUGGAGAUAUGUUAGCUGUUGAUGUAUGUAUCUAUACCUCUGUGCCU